AUGCUCUCGAACCCGAAGCAGAUUGUCCUCUUCCUCCAGAAGGUCUCCAGUCUGAGAGAGCUGAAGCAAGCCCACGCUCUGAUCACGAAAUCUGGUCUCAUCUCCCACACCUUCCUCCUCAACAAGGUCGUCAUUCUCGCCGCUCUUCCCAAAUGGGGCAGCCUCGAGUACGCCAGCUCGGUUUUCGGGACCUGGGAGGCGCGGAAUCCCAUUCUUUGCAACACCAUGAUCAGAGCUUAUUCCCGGAGCUUGUUCCCGGUGGAGGCCAUCCACAUCUACAACGAGAUGUGCCUGAGGAGCGUGAGGUUGGACCGGCUUACCUACCCCUUCGUGCUCAAAGCUCUGGGUAGAGUUUGUGCAGUGGGGGAAUCCGAGGAGCAUGAGCUUGAUCUGGUGAGGAAGGGGGCGGAGGUUCACGGAAGGAUUUCGCGAUCUGGUUUGAGUCGUGAUGUCUUCGUCGAGAAUUCAUUGAUUGUCAUGUACUCCCAACUCGGGAGGCUCGCCGAUGCCCGUCGAGUGUUCGAUCAGAUGGGCGAUAGGACCGUCGCUUCCUGGAACGCGAUGAUCGCCGCGCACUACCGGCGGAGCGAUUUCGAUUCUGCGGACUCACUGCUCCAGAUGAUGCCGGAGAAGAACGUGGUCUCCUGGAACACGGUCAUCGCGAGGUGCGUCAGAUCGGGAGAUAUCGGAGCAGCGAGGAAGGUCUUCGAGGGAAUGUCGGAAAGAGAUGCCGCCUCCUGGAACUCCAUCAUCGCCGGAUACAUCCAGGUUAGGGACUACCACAGUGCGCUACAACUGUUCAACAAGAUGCAAAUCCAGAGGGUGGAGCCGACGGAGACGACGGUCGUCUCUCUCCUCCACGCCUGCACAGAGACAGGAGCUCUAGAGAUCGGCAGACAACUUCACAGACUCCUUCUACACGAGGGGUUCAAGGCGGAGGGCGUCAUCGGCAACGCUCUUCUCGACAUGUAUGCCAAGUGUGGGAACCUGUGGCUCGCUAGGAAAGUGUUCGACGAAAUGCUGAUGAAGCAUGUGACCCACUGGAACUCGAUGAUUAUGGCGUUGGCUGUGCACGGCUGCUCUGAGGAGGCUCUAAGGCUCUUCUCCUCCAUGGAGGAGGCAUCGUCAGAGACGGCCAAGCCCAACCGGGUCACCUUCCUCGGCGCGCUGCUGGCGUGCAGCCACCAGGGGCUUGUUGAAGAAGGGCGACGCAUCUUCAAUGCCAUGGUUCAGCGGCACGCCAUCGAACCCGACAUAAAACACUACGGCUGCAUGGUGGAUCUGCUCAGCAGGGGAGGAUUUCUUCAGGAAGCCAACUGGUUCAUCAGGGCGACGCCAUUCAGGGCAAAUCCUGUUCUCUGGAGGACCCUCCUGGCUGCUUGCUGCCGCCAUGGCAACGUGGAAUUCGCAGAGGAGGCCUUCAGAGAGCUCUGUCAGAUUGAAGCCCCUGGAGAUGGGGACCUGGUUCUGCUGUCCAAUGUCUAUGCCGAAGCUCGGAGAUGGAGGGACGGGGAGGUGAUCAGAUGGGGCGUUUCGAAGCAACCAGGUUUCAGCCAGAUAGAACUGGAUGAAGAAGGGCAGGCGAGUCCUCCUCCUCCACCAUCAUGGUCUGCCCUUCUUUCUUAG